AUCUACUGAUAGCAGGCAGUAUCUACACACUUGCAGUAAAUGUCUAUUAUUCAGUCUUUAAUAUUUUAAAUAAACAGCUUUUUAGUCUGAGAUAUAACACAUUGAAGAUUCUGAGCUAGUUUUGCUUCCAUAUUUCUGUUUCAUUAACAGGAACAGAAGGUCUCUCAGUAUGGAAACCUCAGAUCUCAGAUCAGUUUGGUUUGCAUAGUGGCCUCUUUUGUUUAUCCACCUGCAUUUGCAUCAGCUGCACAGCGGAGAUCGUUUAAUAUUCCAUGCACUUUUAUAAGCGUGUGUUUGGAUAAGCAUCCCUUUCUGACCAGCAGAGUAGAAAUAUUCCAUAAUGAAACUCUCGUUAGAUUAAUGACCAGAAAAUGCACUCAUUAAAAGGUAAUCACAUUCCGCUUGAUGUGAAUGGUAAAUGAAUACACAGGGAAAAUGUCAUUAGAGUUCUAAAAUAUAUAUAUAUAUAUAUUUACUAUACCUAAAAUAUGUUUUGUUGGAUAGUUGUUAAGCAAUUUUAUACUUUUAAUGAGACAAAACCACUUUUAAAAUCCCGGGUCUGCUUAUGGAGUAAAAUCUGCCAUAGUGUUAAUUGUGAACACGUAUUUAAUUUAACGUCAGACAAAACUUUCUGCUUGCUGAGUUUUUAGAUGUCAGAGUACAGUGCCUUGUUUAUAGGUAUGAAGUGAAUGACCAGAAGGUUCAAUAUCAAAAUGUGUUAAAAGUGGAUUCAGUAAAUAGAGUGAGAAUUUGCUAAUUGGCUAAUUGUCAAUUUAUUAAACAACAAGUCAUACCUUUAUCCAUUUAUACAGGUAGUGAUGCUUAAUGGUCUGUAAUGUCCAUAAAACAUGUUGGUUCCUGUUAUGACUUCCAUUAUAGCAGCUAUAAACCAUUGGUCCUUCUGUAUGCCUUGAAGUUAAUAAGACAGAAAUAAUGCAGCUCGUCCUGUUACAGAGAAAGUGGUGGAAAAGUAAAAGAACAGUCACAAAAGAACAUGUCAUAAAUAAUAACGCAGUUCAUAUUGCUAGUCUUUUAUAAUAUGGAGCUUUUUGAUUUAGAAAUUUUAUCAUUAUAAAAUGGAUGCAUUUAUAUAUAAACUUUAACAUAAAUGACUGUGAAGUAAACAGUUUUGCAAGUUAUAAGUAGUAGUAGUAGUAGUAGGUAAAGGAAGGACAAUGUGAUUCAGAGUCACAGCAUGGUCACAUUCAUUCCAGAAACAGAAAUGAUUUCACUUUAACUUCAUCAACUAUUUUCUGCUUUGUUAGCAGUUUACUUCCAUUGUUCUCAUUAGUGUCACAAUUUUCAUGCAACAUUAGGCAUGUAAUUAUGUCUUAAAUAAAUGCACAGGGGAUCGUAGAACUAAUAAACAUAACAUUGCUAACGAGGCCCAGUGGACACGGAGCACCAUAAAAACACACUUUAUUUUUACUUUCUUCUCCAACAUUUUAAAGCAGUCAGUCCUAGACACUGCAUGUGGAGUCAUUUUCUUCCACAACAAUGUGAAUACUUGUUUCUAUUAAGCCCUAUUAAUUUAUCUGUUUCGGAGAUGAAACAGAAAAUGAUACCAUUCACUUGUCAGAGGUUUGAACUGGUAGCUGUAUGGUUUCCACAAACAGCUGUGAGUAAAGAGGAGAAUAAUCAGUUAUCAGUAUCUUCAUGUUCUUCGAGCCUCUGGACAGGAAUAUUAGCAUGUUAUUUAGCAAUACAAGUAUCAACACCUCAGAAAGGACAACAUUCUUGCCUACACAAUAGUGUACACUCAUAUCCAAUCCAAUAGAAAUCAUCCAUUUAUAUCAUAAAAACCACCCCUGCAAGCAUGUAGGUACUAUUCUUCUGAACACAUCAUCACAGCUAUUUUUAGCUUAACCUGGAUGCACCAAAAACAAAUAUCACUGCAUGUUUGUUGUCAGGAUUUCGUCAAUUUGAUGAUGCAUGCCUUCAUUUUUAAAAAAGGUCCAGAUGUUUUGGUAAUGCUCUACAUGUCCCUGCUCUUAAAAUUACAACACAUAAUUGCACUCCAAGGUAAUUACAAAGGCAUAUAGCAUUUGGCUGAUCUAUUAAAACACAUCUUGGUGAUUCUGUUCAAAGUGAAAAACACUGCCAAUGGCUCUAGAUUUAUUCCACUGAAACAGUAAUUCUCUCACUGUGUCACGCUAUUGAUGACCUCAGUUAUUCACUUGGCCUCCAAUUACCAUCGUCACCUACUCAUUCGCUCAACUCAAUUAACCAGAGUCCCUUAGUCACUCACCUACUCCCUCAGUGGCUCAGUCAUCCACCACAAGCUUCACUGUAAUUUCUCACUCUUUCCCAUAGUAUGUUUCUCAUUCAUUCAAUCAGUCAUUUAUUCAGUCAUUCAUUUGUUCAUCCUUCAUUUACAUGUUUCCUUACUCAAACUCUCAUUUAUUUGUCAUUCAUUCAUCCAUUCCCUUAUCCAAACCAUUCCUCAUUUAUUCACCUGUUCCCUUUCCGAGACACUCAUUUAUCUCUCAGUCAUUCAUUUAACCAUUCCCUAAACCAAACCCUUUAUCAUUGAUACCUUGCCUAUAAUUUUCCCUCAGUCAUUCACUCAAAAUUCACAUAACCAGACCACCAUAUGUCCAUCCACCAUUUAUUUAAUAAGUUCCCUAAAACAGACCCUCAUUUAUCCUUCAUCAUUGAUUCAACCAAUGCCUUGGUCAUUCACUCAAAUUCAGUGUUUGUCCAUCAGUCCUUCAUUUAUCAACUCCUUUUUCCAGACCCUUGCUAAACAGUCAUUCAUUCAUUCCCCUUUUCCCUUUUCCAAAACCGUAUUUAUCUCAGAUACCCAGACGAUCAUUUAUACCUCAUUCAUUGUCUUUACUCAAUGUUCUUCUCAACCCCUCAUUUACUCUCACAUUUACAUGCCACUAAAUCACUUGCUUACUUAAACACCCACUCACUCACUAACAAUAACAAAUUAUAAACAAAUGAUCUGGGCCAUUUAAAUGGACCUGAAUGGGUUUAUUUGGACUGAUGUAUCCCCCACACACUCACAAAUGUACUUCAGGUAAGCCGUCCUUUGUUACUUUCACAAGUGUGUGCAGCCACUCGCAAGAGCCCUCAAACACCUGUGUCACCGAUGUGCUAUAAAGGCCAAUCAGUGGCCAGCUGCUGGAGACAAGGAAGCUCUGAAGAAUGGUCACCCCCCACCCACUGUUCUCUUGCUUGCUUGGUGAGUCAGUAAAUGAGAGAGUGGGUGAGGGAGGGAGGUAGUCACUGAUGCUAUUGGGGAUCAGUAGCAUGGUGGGUGCUCCUUUCCCUGCCCAGUGCUCUGCUCAUUAUCCCCCCAUCCCGCUGCUCGCUCACUACCUAUGAAUAGUCAAUAACAAACAAGCAAGCAGGAAAUGAGGGAGCAGAUGAAGGCGACCCGUCGACUGAUGUCAGCUAUGUUUGUAGAGAGCUGCUUUAUUCAGAUUAUCCCAGCAGUCCUUGUCGAGUACUUUGGAAAGUGCUGGGAGGAUGUUCCUGUGGGCUGGAUCCAAAGGACCUCAGGGAUCAGGAAAUGAAAGAAGGACCAUUUAUCAGAAGAUUAGAGAAUAUGACAUUCUGGACAAGAAGAAGACUGUGACCGCACUGAAAGCAGGAGAGGACAGAGCUAUUCUCCUUGGGCUUAGCAUGAUCUUCUUUUCUGUCAUGAUGUACUUUGUCCUGGGCAUUACAAUGGUGCGGUCAUAUUCAGACAGUGUGUGGACAGAGGAGUCAAGCUGUACCGUGCUAAAUGCAACUAUUAUUGGGGAAAUUAACUGUAGCUACAGCUGUGGAGCAGAGUGCCGGAAGAGCUCCAGAUACCCGUGCCUGCAGGUGUACGUCAGUCUGAACUCAUCAGGACGAAUACUGAAACUGUCCCACAAUGAGGAAACCCAGGAGGACAAUCCUGAGUGUUUCUUUGUCCCUAAGUGCCGUAAAGAUCACUCAACGAUGCAUGCCUUGGUACUGAACAUCUCUGAGCGGCUGAAGGUCCAGCAGCAGGUGCGUUGUUACACAGACCCAGCAGAACAGCAGGACAGCGCCAUCCUGACGCGCCUCUACGGUCGUGCCGCCAUUCUCUCCUCGCUGCUGUGGCCCACAUGCACGCUAGUGAUCGGCGUGCUCAUCGUUGCCAUGGUCAAGCUCACACAAUACCUUUCCAUCCUCUGUGAGCGGAUAAGCCGCAUUAAGAGGACUGAUCGCGUGAUACUUACAUCUGCCUCACACUUCGUGGAGGGCAGCAAAAAGUGCAGCCGACCCAAGCAGGACCAGAUUUGAAUGGAAAGAUGAACGGUCAGAAAUGGAAUGAUGAACCUCUAUGCAUCUAUAAGGAAUAGACAUAGUAUUGACCAUUGACCAGUGACAAGAGUUUGAUGUGCCUGUCAAAUUUUGCUAAUCAAUCUGUGUUGCGGUGACAAGGACAGACAUUUUUCUCGGACGAUGUCGAGCUUUCGGAGACUGAAAUUUGUAGCUGGAAUUGUGGUAACAGCAAAGGUGAAGUCCAGUGUCGGUCAUAUUCACUUACUAGUGGAGCUGACAUGAAGCUUUUCAUACCUGCUCUUUACCAUGUCUGGACUGAUGAACUCCUUCUGAAUUGCUGACCAGAAAAAUAUCACACACCUUCAUGGCUUUCAUUAAAAAAAAUGCAUUUGUGAAAGUUCAGCAGGUUUGCUGCAUAAAUAACACAUUAAACUUAAAGAAUAAAUCUGUAACCAAGUAAUAACUUGUGUAAUGUGCACUUAGUUACAGUUUCAUGUUUGUGCUCAGAUCUGAUCGAUGUUCAGUAAUCUCCGCAUGAUUGCAGAUUCCACAGCUCUGCUUAUUUCCAGAGAAUCAAUAGCUUAAUUUACUAAACCAUCAGUAAAACCAAAUGGAGUUGUACUUUGUCCUUGAUGACCAUUUUAGUCUGUAAUUAAUUCUUUAAUGGGUUCUAAAAUUUCUAGUGGGAAACUAAUACAUGUAACACAGAUCAAUACAGUUUUAACAACAUAUAUAUAUAUAUAUGUAUCCAGGAACUCCUUUAACAAUUUUUUUGCAUGUUAGAGGUGUUACAUUAAAAAUUAGCUUCUGUUUUUUUUCACCAUAAAAGUGCCUAAGAGUUCACUUUAUUAUGUGUUUAAACGUCAGUGAACAUUUCCUUUUGAUAAUACUCUCAUACAUUAAGUAGUGUGUAAAUAGCAUAU